UGGAGUUGCCGAUGUCACCUCAUCAAUCUGGCUGUGUGGAAGACCUAGGACUAAGACCUCCAUGGAGAAGCCCAGCAUGUCAUCAAUUCCAUCUACCGACGCCGAGUGGGCUGUGGCGAUCUCCUUGUUGAAGGACCGCGGCCCCCCAAGGCCAUCGUCGCCGCCUGCAUCCCCUCUAGGAAUACCGGCCAUGAUUGACCACACUUUAUUGAAAGAGCCAAUCGAGCCGCAACAAAUUGAUACCCUUUGCCAAGAAGCCCGUGAAAACAAUUUUGCCACUGUCUGCGUUCGACUGGCUUUUGUCGCCCGAGCUGCCGCCAACCUCAAGGACAAACCGAAUGUGGGGGUAGCCUGUGUGGUGGGGUUCCCCGAGGGCACCUACGAUACAUCAGAUAAAGUGAAAGAAGCACGGGAAGCAGUCGAACAAGGAGCAAAUGAGUUGGACAUGGUCAUCAAUUACCCGAAGCUGAAGAAUGGCCAAUACACGGCCGUCUAUGACGACAUUCUGGCGGUGCGCAGGGCCGCGCCCGCGCCCGUGCUUCUCAAAGCGAUUAUCGAAGCAUCGGAGCUCGACAGGGACGAGAUUAUUGCUGCAACCAUUAUUAGUUGCAUGGCUGGUGUCGACUUUGUGAAGACCAGUACUGGGUACAAGGGCCCCGCAACUGUCGAUCAUGUCACGACGAUGCGAAUGGCCACUCAGGCGGCUGGCUAUCCCAGCGUUAGAAUCAAGGCUAGUGGUGGAAUUCGCAAUGCGACUGAUAGCCUGAAGAUGGUGAAGGCUGGCGCAACGCGGAUUGGAGCCAGUGCGGGAGUCAAUAUCGUGCGCGAACUUGAGGAUGGAGAGAUCCUGGAGCAAGGCGCUGGCCACGCUGUUUACUGAGCUUCCUUCCAUGGUAGUUUUUGUGAAGGCCCGGGCUUAUUUGAGAGGUCUCGAAGGGUGCGACUACGUGGCGACAGCCUCAGACCGUGCCUGGCCUGACGGUGACUUCACACCUGAUAUGGGCUCCUUAUGUUUACACAAUAGUGACCUCCAAUAUUAUCGAGAAUCGGUCAUAUUGCAAAUGUGAUAAAAAUAACAAUGGUCGAAUCAAAGAGAUGCCCAUGUCCUAUUACAUGUUCUAUC